UUCAACAAUAAUACAUCACUUGUCUGGAUGCGCUAAAUACACACUAGAACAUUUGAGCUUGCAAGAAAAUCAAAUCAAUGGUACGAUUCCUGACCUUUCAGCUUUUUCAGCUUUGAUGUCAUUGGAUCUUUCAAACAAUCACCUGAAUGGAAAGAUAAGAGAAGAUAGUAAUUUACCCUUUCACUUGGAAACUUUAUCAAUCUCAUCAAACUUUCUAGAAGGUGGAAUUCCCAAAUCAUUUGGAAAUGCAUGCGCUUUGCACUCAUUAAGAAUGGAGGAUAACAAAUUGAGUGUAGAGUUUUCAAUAAUAAUUCAUCAUUUAUCUGGAUGUGCUAGAUAUUCAUUAGAAGUAUUAUAUCUACACAUGAAUGAAAUCAAUGGCACACUAAUUGACCUCUCAAUGUUCACAUCUUUAAGAGUGUUAUCUAUUGGUGAAAACAAGCUAAGUGGAAAGAUUUUAAAAAAUAUUCAAUUUCCACCUCAACUAGAAGAAUUAGACAUACAGUCAAAUUCCUUAAAUGGUGUGUUCACUGACUACCAUUUUGUUAAUGUAACCAAGUUAUCUUACUUGGACUUAUCUAAUAACCCAUUAACCUUAACAUUUACCCAAAAUUGGAUCCCACCUUUUCAAUUGAGUUCCAUAAGGUUGAAAUCUUGCUUGUUAGGUACAUUUCCCAAAUGGUUGCGAAAGCAAAAUAAAUAUGACGAACUUGACAUUUCAAAUUCUAAAAUAUUGGAUAUGGUUCCAAGGUGGUUUUGGGCUAAAUUAGCUUCUGGAAAUGUGGGUUCAAUAGAUAUUUCAAACAAUAGUCUACAUGGUAUAAUUCCAAAUAUUUUUGGAAAGAACAUUGUUGAUUUCCUAAUUCUUGCAUCAAAUCAAUUUGAAGGUCCUAUUCCACCAUUUCUACGAGGUUCCAUAUUUCUUGAUUUAUCUAAUAAUAAUUUAUUAGAUUCGCAUUCAUUUUUAUGUGCUAGUGGUCCUGAAAAAAUACUAUAUCAGUUAGACCUUGCACAUAAUCAUCUUUCUGGACAAAUUCCAGAUUGUUGGAGCCAUUUUAAGUCGUUAGCUUAUUUAGAUUUGAGCCACAACAAAUUUUCAGGAAACAUUCCUACUUCAUUAGGAUUGCUUCUUGGUCUUCAAGCAUUAUUAUUAAGAAACAAUAACUUAACACAUGAGAUCCCUUUCUCCUUAAGACGUUGUACAAAGUUAGUGAUGCUUGAUAUGUCAAACAACAAUUUAUCAGGGCAAAUCCCUGCUUGGAUCGGGAGCGAAAUGCAAGAGUUGCAAAUCUUAAGUUUGGGAAGUAAUAAUUUCAAUGGAAUUUUACCAUUACAAAUUUGUUAUCUAAAAAGCAUCCAAAUAUUUGAUCUCUCACUAAAUAACUUGUCUGGAAAAAUUCCUACAUGUAUAAAUAAUUUUACAUCAAUGGUUAACAAGACGUUUUCAAGUGAUUAUGGACGGCAUGGGUAUUUUAUCAACAUUAGUGAUUUUAGAACCUAUCACUUAUACGAUUUGAAUGCAUUUUUGAUGUGGAAAGGUUCAGAACAAAUAUUCAAGACUACUGAGUUAUUACUUCUAAAAGGCAUUGAUCUUUCCAGUAAUAACUUUUCAGAAGAGAUUCCAGUGGAAAUAGAGAAUUUAGUUGAGUUGAUUUCAUUAAAUUUGUCAAGAAAUAAUUUUAUUGGACAAAUCCCUUCAAAUAUUGGAAAUCUAAAAUCACUUGAAUUUCUUGAUUUGUCAAGAAACCAAUUUAUUGGUUAGUCUUACUCAAAUUGAUCGACUCACUAUGUUAGAUUUGUCACAUAAUCAUCUAAGUGGAGUUAUUCCAACUAGCACGCAACUACAAAGUUUUGAUGCCUCAAGUUAUGAAGAUAAUCUAAAUCUUUGUGGACCACCACUUAAAAAAUUGUGCAUUGAUGAUGGGCUAUCUCAAGAUCCGAUCUUUGAAAUUGAUGAAUAUUCUCUUUUCGGUCAUGAAUUUUACAUCAGUAUGACACUGGGAUUUACGAUAACCUUUUGGAUUACAUUUGGCUCAAUCUUAUUCUUGAAGACCUGAUGAACAAUUUCAUUGACGACAUUUAUAUGGUAAUGGUGAAAUUCUCCAAUUACAAAUGGUUGGUGCAAAGUGGAUUAAGAGUAUCUCAAAGAUCACACAUAUCUCAAAUGUUUGAGGUUGUAAACUUGGACGAAGCUGGAAAGUAUGGUUGGUUUAGUUGUUUUAAACAUGUUUUCAUUUUAUAUGGUGUUUUUAGUUCUGUAAUUUCAGUUAGAAUUGUUUGAUGUUGUUCUCUGUUUGAAUAAACUGAGGGUGAUGAAGUUGGACAAGAAAACUUAUUUUUAAUUCUAAGUAACAAGACAAUGCAUUUGCCA